ACUGAAGAAAACGCAGACCAGAUGUUGCUUAAAAAAUGUGAUUGCCAUGUAAUAACCCAACGUUACCUCAUCCCACCAUUGAGCAAGUGUUCCUGAAAAAAAUACCAUCGAUCCCACGGCGGCCUGAUCGUCGGCACACAUCAACUGGAGGCGGCAUUUCGGAAAUGCAAGCAUUGCUCCGUAAUUUCAAAAAUUACCUCAACCAAUCGACGACACUGCAAAAGAUUCGUGUUUACAAUCGCAUCGCAUUCAGUCCGAAAUAUCUUCUGUUUACCAAUGUGUGCAUAUCCAUAUCGUUGUCCUGUGUCGGCGAUUGUUUGGAACAACAAUAUGAAUUGUUUACGAAGGAUCUGGAUCAAUAUAGCGGAAAAAGAACCGUCCACAUGGCAUUGUCUGGAUCGACGGUGGGUGUGAUAUGUCAUUAUUGGUACAAAUUCUUGGACAAACGUAUGCCCGGGCGAAGUCUCUCAAUUGUGUUGAAGAAAGUUUUCUGGGACCAAAUGAUUUGCUCGCCCGUUGUGAUAUCAACAUUCUUUUUAACGUUAGGCGUGCUGGAACAGUCUAGUCGAGAGGAAGUUAUCGCUGAAAUCAAAAACAAAGCUUGGAAAUUGUAUGCAGCCGAGUGGGUGGUAUGGCCUCCAGCUCAAGUAAUAAAUUUUUAUUUGCUGCCGAAUAAGUACCGCGUUCUGUACGACAAUACCAUAUCAUUAGGAUACGAUGUAUACACGUCGAAGGUGAAGCACGGGAAAUAGUCCGGUUAAGAGAUUUUAGCUACGUUUAUAAACACCACACCAUUUAUGCCUGAAAUGUAAAUUAUUUGAAAAUAGACGCAAGAGACCUUGACGGAAUAAAUUUGUAAGUCGCAAUCGUA